AUGUCUUUAGAGAAAGUGCAAUCGCCAGACUUGGCGACUCAUGUCACAGGAGACAAAGAAAGAGAUUCUGACGCCUCUUCCUCGUUGACCCCCAAGGGAGAGUUGAAAAGAACCUUUUCAGUAUGGUCGGUACUUGGGAUCGGUUUUGGCUUAACCAACUCCUGGUUCGGUAUAUCAGCCUCUCUUAUCACAGGAAUCCAGUCUGGUGGGCCGUUAUUGAUUGUGUACGGUAUUAUCAUCAUUGCUUCCAUUUCUUACUGUAUCGGCAUCACACUCUCCGAGUUGUCUUCGGCGAUUCCCUCUGCUGGCGGCCAGUACGUGUGGACCAGAGUGUUGUCUCCAAAAAAGUACUCCAGUUUUCUUGCAUACCUCUGUGGCUCGUUGGCCUGGGCCGGCUCUUUAUUCACUAGUGCUUCUAUGGCUCUUUCUGUGGCUCAAGCGGUCAUGGCUUUCUGGAAACACAUGCACCCCGGGUUUGAACUGAAGUCAUGGCAAACGUUCGUGGUUUACCAGCUUGUCAACCUUGUAUUGGUGAUCUUCAACUGCUACGGUAAGUACUUGCCAUACAUUGCCAAUGCUGCGUUGUACACGUCGUUGUUUUCCUACUGCGUCAUCACUAUAACCGUUCUCGUUUGCGCUAGAGGAAACUACGCAAAGCCAAGUUUUGUCUUCACUGAUUUCGAGAACAACACCGGCUGGACUACCUCAGGAAUUGCGUUCAUUGUUGGUUUGGUGAACCCUAACUGGAGUUUCUCCUGCCUUGAUUCUGCAUCACACUUAGCCGAAGAAGUUCACGGCGCCGAUAGAGUCAUUCCGAUCGCUAUCUUGGGAACCGUAACCAUCGGUUUCCUCACGUCGUUCACUUAUUCUAUCGCUAUGUUUUUUUCCAUCACUGACUUAAAUUCUAUCAUCAACAACGGCAGUGGCUUGCCUAUUUUGGAUAUUUACUACCAGGCUUUAAACAACAGAUCUGGAUCUCUUUGCCUUGGUAUUCUUAUUUUCUUCACUGCUUGCGGUUGCACCAUAUCGUGUCACACUUGGCAAGCUAGACUUUGUUGGUCCUUCAGCAGGGACAAUGGAUUACCAUUUUCAAAAUACUUGUCGAUCAUUGAUCCUAACUUGGGAGUUCCGUUAAACGCUCACUUGUUUUCUUCCUUCUGGGUUGCCAUAUUGGGAUGCUUGUACCUUGCAUCUUCCACUGCUUUCAACUCCAUGGUUGUUGGUUGCAUUACAUUCCUCUUGUUGAGUUACUUAGUUCCUACGGGUUGUUUGCUCUACAGAGGAAGAAACAACAUCAAACAUGGUCCAUUCUGGCUCGGGAAGGCCGGUCUUGUGGCAAACCUCAUGACGAUUGCCUGGGCAAUCUUUGCCUUGGUGUUUUACUCUUUCCCAACUUUCAUGCCUGUAACUGCCGGCACAAUGAACUAUGUAUCAGUGGUUUACGCUGUGUACUUGAUCUUCAUGUUGGGAUACUGGUUUUUUCCCAUCAAAAAAUACUCAUGCAGAGAGGUGUUUGCUGGUGGACUUGGCAAUAACGAGGAGGAGGAAUUCCCCGAUGUGUGUCUCACUGAUUUAUAG